AUCCGUCCGGCCGCUGGAGACCCAGGGAGCCGGGGUUAGGAACUCACUUGGGGCUUUCCCCUCCCCCACCGGAGAGCCCCAGGAUGGAGAGCCGAAAGGACAUGGUUAUGUUUCUGGAUGGGGGUCAGCUUGGCACUCUGGUUGGCAAGAGGGUCUCCAAUUUAUCGGAAGCCGUGGGCAGCCCGCUGCCGGAGCCGCCCGAGAAGAUGGUGCCCCGUGGUUGCCUGAGCCCUCGGGCCGUCCCUCCGGCCAACCGGGAGCGCAGCGGGGGAGGCCCGGAGGAGGAGCCGAUCAAUGGACUAGCAGGCAGCGCGGCGGGGCCGGGCGCCGAGCCCCGGGUAGCCGGGGCAGCCAUGCUCGGCCCAGGACCCCCGGCCCCCUCCGCCGACGGCCAGGGGCAACCCAGUAGCUCGGACACCGAGUCGGAUUUCUAUGAAGAAAUCGAGGUGAGCUGCACCCCGGACUGCGCCACAGGGAACGCCGAGUACCAGCACAGCAAAGGGUCCGGCUCCGAGGUGCUAGUCGGCAGUCCGAACGGAGGGAGCGAGACCCCCAAGAGCAACGGCGGCGGUGGCGGUGGCUCGCAAGGCACCCUGGCGUGCAGCGCCAGUGACCAGAUGCGUCGUUACCGCACCGCCUUCACCCGGGAACAGAUAGCGCGGCUGGAGAAGGAAUUCUACCGGGAGAACUACGUAUCCAGGCCUCGGAGAUGCGAGCUGGCGGCCGCCCUAAACCUGCCGGAAACCACCAUCAAGGUGUGGUUCCAGAACCGGCGCAUGAAGGACAAGAGGCAGCGUCUGGCCAUGACGUGGCCGCACCCGGCGGACCCCGCCUUCUACACGUACAUGAUGAGCCAUGCGGCGGCCGCGGGCGGCCUGCCCUACCCCUUCCCGUCGCACUUGCCCCUGCCCUACUACUCGCCGGUGGGCCUGGGCGCCGCGUCCGCCGCCUCGGCUGCGUCGCCCUUCAGCGGCCCGCUGCGGCCCCUCGACACGUUCCGCGUGCUGUCGCAGCCCUACCCGCGGCCCGAACUGCUGUGCGCCUUCCGCCACCCGCCGCUCUACCCCGGGCCCGCGCACGGACUGGGCGCCUCGGCCGGCGGUCCCUGCUCCUGCAUUGCCUGUCACAGCGGCCCGGCCAACGGGCUGGCGCCCAGGGCCGCUGCCGCCUCGGACUUCACCUGUGCCUCCACCUCCCGCUCGGACUCCUUCCUCACCUUCGCGCCCUCGGUGCUCAGCAAGGCCUCCUCCGUCGCGCUGGACCAAAGGGAGGAGGUGCCCCUCACCAGAUAAGGGGCCGCCAGCUGGCUGCCCGUCGGCUCCAGGACGCCCGUGUGGUCACCCCCUCCCCUGAGACUCAGCCAGCCUCGCUCCUGGCCCCCAGGACGCCAACCGGGAAAGGAGAAGGCGGAAAAGGACUAGCGGGAUCCGGUAGCAAGAAUCGGGAAGCCUAGGAAGUGGCCGUGGGUGGAGUGUUUGGGGAGCAGGAGUGGGGAUGGGGAAGCAGAGUUUGAGAGUCUUUCCUCCGGGGCGGCCUCCGGAUCCACCGCCCCCACCAGAGUCGAGGCUGUAGCUCCAAAGCUAAACAAAACUUAGCAGCAACAACCAACGUCCAGCUCCUCAUCCCUCACCCUCCAGCUCACACGCCCUCUCACCUGGCCCCCUCUCCCCAGCCAAGUCCCAAGCACUGGAAAGGGAAAUGGCUAUCUCUCUGAACAAAAUGCUGUGUAUGCAGAGCAGGGAGAGAUUAAUCUUUGCCAGUUUUUCCAAGGCAUGGCAAGGGGCUGGUGGAUGGCAACAUACCAGUCAUUUGGAGGAGAGAGUGAGAGAUGAUUUACUACCAGGGAGGAUCCAGGCCCUUGGCAUGGAACCUGGAGCCUCAACUACACAGCAUCUUCUGGGUCUGGCGUCUUCCAACACCUCAUCUUCUUCCUCAUUCCCAGCUUUAUGACACCUCUCAAUGUGCAGCUCCAUCUCUCCCUGCCCCCACAUUUUUGUUGGCAGGGAGGCUGCAGAUGCCCCAGGAGCCCUUGGCAGCUUUUAUGAGGCCAAGCCUCUUUUCCCUAGGCCCAGCUCACACCCUGAUUAGCAAGUGAUGUGUGCAAGGAGGGUUUGUGAAUGUUGAAUGUAUAAUAAUGAUCACCACGGAGGUGGCCACUGAGCCCAGAGCUGAGCUGUUAACAAGGCGCCCAGGGAGGAGCUUAGAGAGUGGGAACUUCAUCUCCCUCACUCAGUAUCUGGCGGCAAAUUAGAGGCAAUUUUCAUCCUUUGCCUGUUCACCUUCACUUCACCAGGAGUUUUCUGGCCCUACCCUUUGCACUGGGUGUUUUACAUCUUUCUCUCAUUUUCUUCCCCAGCUACCACUGGUGCUUGACUUUCAGAUACCAGUGGGAGCCUUCUGCCCCUUCUGGGGACCUUGUCUCUGCCCUCCACCAAGGUUUGUUUAGAGCCAUUCCCAAAUCCUCACUCCCAUACUCAUUCUUGCAGCCAGUUUUUGAGGAAGAGGAGAACGUGUACCCCCCAAUGCAAGCUUCACCCUGACUGAGAGAGAGUGGUUCUUCCUGUAGGGAAUAAAUUUGGUUUGGUCUGGGGUUUUUCUUUGAAGCCCAAAGAAUUUGCUGUUAUGAUUUGUUAACCAUAUUGCAAUAAAAGCUGGACAUAA